UAAUUAUAAUAAAUUAACAAUAUUGCGAACUAAUUUUGUCUUUCUGAUUUCAUGUGAAUUUAAAUUUAUUCAAAAUUGAUAAUCUAUUAGUUUAACAAUUCAAACGAUGUAAUAGUUCAAUGUUGAGUUACAAUAAAAUCGGAUGCGCGAUUCAAUGUUUAUGGUGAUUAUGAUUCUUGAUGGAUCAACUCAGUUUACUUUUUCUUUCCCAGAACUAACAUUACCUUACAUUUCAACCUGAAAGUUUUGUUAAAAAAUAACUACAAACAUUUUCAUCAGUUAAAAGUGAAUCAAUCAGUUGACGAUACCAAUCAAACAUAAUAUUAAUCAUCUGAAUUUUAAUAAACAGUAAAAGUUAUGAAUUCAUCGCAUUUAACUUUGUGUUGAUUAGUUAUCGUUUCAACAUCAUAUUAAGUUAUGAAAAGUUGCUCGUUAAUUUUCAUCAGUUAAAUUCAGUUUUUUUCUCAUUCUUGUUAUUAUCUAUUGACUUGAUUAUUGCAUAUAUAUAAAGUGUCAUUUCAAUUAUUAUCCCUUCAACAAGUGAUAUGAUUACCAAUGUAUCUCUAUCAAAUAACUCAUCAAUAUCAUCCCAGUUAACCAACACUACUGUGGAUCAUCAUCUGCCCAAAACAUGGAGGGAUGUUAUUGAACCUUCAUUGGUCGGUUAUAUACCCGAUUUUUGGUUAAACUUUGAACCACCCAAAAAGUAUCAACAUUACAUCUUAGGUGUAACAUAUCUGCUAAUCUUGUUCCCAGCGAUUUUUGGUAAUGGAGCAAUAAUAUGGCUCUUUUAUCGCUGCCGUAAUCUACGAACUCCUUCAAAUAUAUUGGUCGUUAAUCUUGCCUUAGCUGAUCUUAUUCAGAACUUGAAAAUGCCGGUAUUCAUAUACAACAGUUUCAAAUGUGGACCGGCCAUGGGUCAGUUGGGGUGUAAAAUAUAUGGUUUCUUUGGUGGCCUUUCAGGAACCUCGGCGAUCAUGACGAUCGCCAUGAUGGCCAUGGAACGUUUAAAUUCAAUAUCUCGACCUUUAUCGCCACAUUCCCGUCUCUCAAUGCGUCGGGCUUUGGUCAUAUCUACACUUAUCUGGAUCUAUUCAUUAAUCUUUUCCACUCCUCCCGUUUUCCAAUUAUUCAAUCGAUAUGUUCCCGAAGGCUAUUUAACCUCGUGCUCCUUUGAUUAUUUGUCCAAAGAUCUUGUCUCACGAGUUUACAUAUUUGCGUUUUUCACGGCAGCCUGGAUAGUUCCACUUGCCCUGAUUGUGACCUCAUACGCGGGAAUUAUCAUUGCCGUUGAAAGAAACGAGUCAAUGUUCCAAAAGACUCAAGAUAAACUCUGCGAACGGGCCAGUUCAGUUUAUCGAGCUUCACUUCGAGAUUCUCGAGGUAGAUCAAUAAAAGAAAGCGGUAAAAUGGAAAUGAGACUGGUUAAAAUUGUUCUCUCAUUAAUUGCCUUCUGGAUACUCUCUUGGACACCUUAUGCCGUUAUCGCUCUUCUUGGACUUUUAGAUCAAUCCUACAUUACGCCAACUUCAUCCAUGAUCCCGUCUCUCUUUGCUAAACUUUCAUCAGUAGUUAAUCCUUACCUUUAUGGAUUAGGUAAUCCACGAUUUAAACGUGAAUUUCAACGGAAACUGUGUUCAUUUUGUUUAUCAACCAAAACGGUCACCGAAAGACGGACCGUAAUACAAUCAACGGUCACUAUUGGCGGUGACCCGGUCAAGGAAUCGUCACAAUUUGUUCACAUAUCAGAUGGUAAUUUAUCCGAAAUUGAAUUAUCCGAUUAUGAGAAACGGUGAUAAAAAUAAUUUACUUUUUUUCGAGAAACAAAUUAUUAAUAAUAACUAAUCAAUUGAACAGAUCAUUUAAAUUGUUAGCGAGGAAAAAAAGUUCUAAUUUAUUUUUAUGUAAAAAGAGAAACAGUUUAGAUUGACAAUUAACCGAAAAGAACCAAAUUAUGAACAAUUAAUUAAUCAAUUAUUCUCAAUCAUAAUGAAUGUUAAUAAUAAAAAUAUAAAUACAUAUAUUUAGGUGCUUGAUUAUCACGAGAAACAAUUAACCGAAAAAAAACAAAUUUAAUUACAAUCAAUGUGAUAAAUUGUUCCCAUUGGUUAUACCUGAUGAUAAAAUCAUCAAUUGAUUAUAUAAUCAUUAUGAUUAAGAAGCAAAUUAUCAAAUAAUAAUAUUACUUAUGUUAAUUAUUAGUAAAUAUUGAAAGUUAAUUGUUGAACAGGAACACAAUUUAUUGUAAGAUUAUCAUUAUUAUUGUUAUUGUUAUUAAUAAAUUAGUUAACUAAUUGAGUCAAGAUGUAGUUAAUUGUGGAAGUAUAAUUGAGGUGGAAAAAGUUAAUUCUAAUUGCGAGACUAAGUUAAUACAAUUAAUUUGAUAAAUAUAACGGUAAAUACUCAGGGGAUAUUGUAAUAGACAAUAUUAGUUACGAUUAAGGAACUGGAUUAGUGGAAAUCAUCAUCUGAAUAUCAAAUAUGAUUGUUAAUUGUUUACUUAUUUUUAUCACUUAAUUUUACUUGUUGAUUAUGCUGAUUGUUGGACGAAACAAUUAGCCUGAUUGUAGAUUAACUUCAAUGUCAAGGGCGUUAAUUGAUCAUGAUUAACAUCCCAUUUUCAUAAGCAAUUAAAUGAUUCCAAUUGGUUAAUUUAAUUUAAUUUAAUUUCACUUAUAAACUUACAUUGUUAGAUAAUUAUCUUUAAAUGGUCAAAUGAUUUAAUUGUUGAUCACCAAUCAAUUUUGUUUUACUUUGUCCUGUCAACAAUUAAAAAUAUUUUUCACCCGAUCAACAAUCAAUUCUGAUUAUUUUAUUGUUAUUACAUGAAUAACGUUAAUCAUUUGCUAUCUAAUUGUUUCAAUGUUCAAUUUUUUUCUGUGUCUUCUAAACAAUUAACUAACUAAAAAACAAUAAAGAAAAUAAAUUAUCCUGAAAAUUCA